CCAUCAAAAUCAUGUCACCGAUUUCCAAUCAAAAACAAAAAAAUAAAACUUCCAAUGGUGGACAUUAACUUGAGUGGUCUUUGAGUGGGUCCCAAGUAGGGCUUGACUUUGUAUAUCUUUUUUUUGUUUUUUUGUUUUCAAAAAGACUAAGCAACAAUAGUGGUACAACUGGUUCUCGUAGCGUUAGAAAGUAACAACUGCGAAACAGAUGAGCAGAGAAAGAAUUUAGCAAACAGAGAGUUAAUGAGAGUAUUAGAGUCGAUAGGGUCAAAUAGAAAAGAAAAGAGAGAGAGAGAGAGAGCGAGAGACAUAAUGGAGGGAGAGAUAUGAGUGGCAGUGGGCUGAGUGAUUGACACAGAGAGAUUGAGAAUUUCCUAACUACAAAUAUAUGGCAUCUGUAUAGCCUUCUCUUCCCCGUUGGACUUGCCAAGGCACACCUGCAUUCAUUUCUUUCUCUCUUUUCUCUUUCUCUCUCUUUUCCUUCACAUAUACUACAAAGAAACAGAGAAGAGAAACAGAGAAGAAACUGUUUCUUCCUCCACUUUUUCUUAUAGAUAUAUAUAUAUAUGUUUUAUGUUAUAUUGUAGAAACUAAUAAAGAAAAAAGUUUGAGGAAAAAAAAAAUGGAUAUGGGAUUUGUGAAGAAAUGGUUCAAGUGGUCGCAGAUAGUGUUGGCCAUGUUAAUGGUGCAGAUGUUUGCCACAGGGCUUCAACUUCUGUCAAGAGUGAUUUUGGGACAGGGGACUUUUAUAUUUGCACUCAUGGCUUAUCGUCAUGUUGUUGCAGCACUUUGUGUUGCCCCUUUAGCUUUCUUUUUCGAACGAAAGAACCCGAAGAAAUUGAGUUGGACUGUUUGGCUGUGGCUUUUCAUCAAUUCUUUAAUCGGGAUAACAUCGGCUAUGUCACUGUAUUAUUAUGGUCUCCGGGACACCACAGCAACAUAUGCUACAAAUUACCUCAACUUAAUUCCCAUUGUCACCUUUGUAUUAUCCACGGUGACCAGGAUAGAGAAAUUGAAUCUGCAUACGAGGGCAGGUAAAAUCAAAACUCUAGGGGCAACAUUGAGUGUGGCCGGAGCACUAACCACUAGUCUUUACAAGGGGAAAGCACUCCAUCUUGUUCAUCACAGUUUUAACAAUACUGUCAAUGUCAAAGAAGUUCAUGAGAAUUAUGUAAUUGGCACAUUGAUGCUGGUUGGCAGCUGCAUCUCCUACGCUACAUGGUUCAUUGUGCAAGUUAAGUUGAUGAAAAUCUUUCCAUUUCGAUACACUGCAACGAUGUUAGCAUGUAUUAUUGCAUCCUUGCAAUCGGCAGCGAUAGGCCUAUGUUUGGACAGACGUAAAGCUGUUUGGAGGUUAGGAUGGAACCUGCAACUCAUUACUAUACUUUACUCGGGAGCACUUGCCACAGCUGCAACAUUCUGCUUGCUUACAUGGGCAAUCUCGAAGAAAGGCGCUACUUAUCCUUCCAUGUUCAAUCCGCUUACUCUAAUUUUUGUGGCCUUAUUAGAAGCUGUCAUACUAGGCCAAGCUAUCAGAGUUGGAACUUUGAUAGGCAUGGUUCUGAUCGCAGCUGGGUUGUACUCCUAUUUAUGUGGCAGAACAAAGGAGCUGGAGAUUUUGGCUCAGUUGAAAGUAGAUAAUGCAGAAAACCCAAUAAGUGCCAAUGCUGAGCCUGCGGGGUUGCAGUUGACGGCCAUAGUAAUGCCAAGUGUCUCACCUGAUGUUGAAAAAGCUGUAGGUAGAAAGUAGAAACGUAGUUAUCGGCUCGAGGUUAUAGAAAAGUAGUGUUACAUGUAAUCCAUUUACUAAUUGGUGCACCUUGUAGAAAUUUAGCUUAAUCUUUUUACUGUAAUAAAGACUAGCAGUUAAUCAAUAAAACCAAUAAUUUUAUUUAUUUAUUUAUUUUUA